AUGUAUAAAAUAGGUUGGCGAGAGCGGGCGGUUGACGCUUCGCUCAGUCGCUCGCGAUCCUUCCAGCAUCCGACUCGCUACGGACGCUGGCCGUCCUUUUUAACAGAAGUUUCAAAAGUUGGUGCGAUGGUUUCGGUUGGAGCAGUGUUAAUAUUUGCAGCUCUCGUCCUGGGGAGGCAUUGUUCAAGCCUGCGAGGCGCGCCGGACUCGCCCCCCUAUGUACCACCCGACGUAAAACGGUGUCAAGUUCAGAUGCAAGAAUCAAACUACAAUGGAAGCAGUGGUUCGCUGCAAAAAAGGAUACCAACAUGGCAAACCUCAAAGAAAAGUCAGUCACUUUGCGUUUGCUAUGAAAAGACAAUUAAUUUCAAAGAAAAAUUCAAUACUCGAAUAACUUUGCCCGUUGAAGUCAACGAUGAAAUAUCGGAAGUGAAUCAAUAUUUAAAUUUUGAUGAAACGAAUGAAAGUCACGGGAACGAUGAUGACAGUUUACUACUACAGAAACUUAAUCAAUCCAAUCAGAAUAAAACCCUUUUAUCUAAAUUAGAUGCAGGCGUCAUAAAGAUGUUGAAGUUGUGGCUCGGGCUCGCGCUAACGGCUGAUUCAUCGGCUUUAUUCAGGGAUCGUAAUAGUUUUGGGAUGAAUCUAAAAAGACCAUCGGAGCUCUACAAACACCUAAGAGUUUCCAAGAGACAUAUCCUGGGAAAAUCCCAUGAUGACGUCGUUACAUCACUCCCAAAAGACAAUGAUGCCCCAGAGCUAGAGUCACGACUUCAAUUCCAUAAACAAUUUAUGAUCGGAGCGCAAAAUAACAGAGUAGGGUUAGGAUCAAGUAGGAAAGUCCAAGAUACGGAUAUAUUGAAGACUUUUAUUCGGCAAGACGAGAACGAUAAAUACAAAAUCCAUGCAAUGAGUUUAGAAAUGCAGAACGAGUGGUUAGACAUAGGAGAUUUUUGCAUUCCACUAGCACUAAAAUGGCGCACCCUAAUUCAUGACUGGUCGCCAGCCUUGCUAAAAUUUUAUCUCAAUGCGUUCCAGAUGACUCUCCCAGAUCAGAGUAAUUUAGUAAGAUGGGGUAAAGGUACCGAAAAAACUUGCUAUAUCUGCGGAAAGGCAGUUGGAACUGCCAAGCAUUUGCUGGUGGGAUGUAAGGUUCUCCUGGACAGCGGUCAAUACUCGCGUCGUCACGAUAGGGUUUUAGAGAUCAUACGUUUUGUGAGAGAGGGCACCAGGGCUAUAAAAUCAAACGUCAAGCCUUACUCUAUCCUUAAAGCGGCUUCGGAUUGGACUAUCAUGAUGGAUACGUAUGAGAAACAAUACAAAAUCCCCGAGGAUAUUUGUGCGUCGGCCUCCAGACCAGACAUAUUUCUAUAUUCGCGUAUUUUAAAGCGCGUUGUGAUGAUAGAGCUUACGGUGCCUUGGGAAACCAACAUCCCCAAAGACCAUGCCACCAAGGUCAAUAAGUAUUACGAGCUCACUAACGAACUAACUCGAAAUAGGUUCGUCGUUGAUUUGUACGCGGUAGAGGUGGGAGCGAGAGGUAUAACAGCUAAAUCUCUCUAUAACCUACUAAAAGACUUGGGCCUGUCCAGAACUAACAUUAAUUCAUUCUUAGAACGUACGUCGAAGGCAGCCCUAGUAGGUUCUUUUCAAAUUUGGUUAGGUAGGGAGAGGAACUUGGACAGUGGAGGUGAGCGUAUAACGCGCGUUAUCCGAGAGGGGGGGCGGAAGAUCUGUCCACCGGUCGAUUUAAACGGCGAAAACGGCGCGAAUACGGACUUGAAAUGCCCUACGUGCGGGAAAAAUUACAAGAGACGAGCCUGGUACAUUAAACACCUAAAAACACAUAAUGGUGUUGAAGCGCGACAAUCGUUGGUAAGUUCUUCAAUUAUCACUUCGGAUAGAGUUGACCCUCACGUAUCCCAUGGUGAACCAUUAACUGGAAACCACCAGGAGUCCAUUAACAUCCGGACACGUCUUAGCAUUCCUAACAUGAAACAAUCGACUUGGAAAGUUCACGACGACAAUUUAGCGGUCCUGUUAGAGCAUCCGGGCUCGAAGCAGGAAUUGAACUCGCAGGUAGAAACUUUCCAAAAUACCGUUUAUGACUACUUCAACGAGCAAUAUCCACCACCCAAAGCUCUAGGCGACAACCACCUUAGUCAUCAGCUAGCUAGGGCGUUAAGGUCAAUCCUUAAAUUAAUUCAAGGAAUAUCGGCACAAACUGCAGAAUAUCGCGGUAAUUUUGACCGGGCCAAACAGGAAGUAGAUUUUGAUAAAAACCCUUUUGAGUAUUCGAAAACCAUUUUUAAGAAAGAACGCGGACAGCUUCUCUUGACCAACGAUCAAAUUUACGACCAUUUCAAGAGCACAUACGAAGUGCCUAAAAGUGUAAGGCUCUAUACGGAUCCAAACGAACAAAAACCGGAAAUUCCUCAUAUCGAUUUUCACGGCAUACCACCAACGUUAGACGAAAUAAGUAGUCACAUAAAGAGGAAAUCAUCUAAAUCUGCACCGGGCCCCGAUGGUAUCCCAUAUAUAGUCUUUAAAAAAUGUCCAUCGGUUCGUAAACACCUCAUAAAUAUAUACGGCAAAAUCUGGUCAAGGAAGCAAAUCCCGGAGUGUUUCGGGAAAGCAAUGUUUGUCCUCAUUCCCAAAAAAGAUCGAGUUACCGAUCCGAAGGAUACUAGACCGAUAGCCUUAACAAAUACAAUUUCUAAAAUCUUUUUCUCGGUCCUACAAACGAGAAUGACGCGAUUCAUGCUCAGCAACAAGUAUUUUAGGCCAAAUCACCAGAAAGGGUUUCUACCCGGGAUUUCUGGAUGCCUAGAACACAACACCUUGCUGUCGGAGAGUUUGAAAGAUGCUAGAAAAAGCGAGCGGCAAAUUACAGUUUGUUGGAUAGACUUAGAGAACGCGUUCGGGUCGAUACAACACGAGUUGAUGCUAUUCGCGCUUAGAUGGUACAACUUUCCACCCCUAGUUAGAGAUAUGAUCGCGUCGUAUUACUCAAAAUUAAGGUUUUCUAUAAUAACUAAAGAAGGCCCUUCAAAAAGUUUGAGUUACAAUGUAGGACUAUUCCAAGGGUGCUGUUUAUCUCCAAUAGUAUUUAAUAUUGUAAUCAAUAUCCUAGUAGAUAAACUUAUCAGCAAUGAGAAAAAAUGGGGGUAUCGGUUUAAGUUCAAUAACAAAUACACGGAAUCCAUUUUAGCCUUCGCUGACGAUCUCGCAAUACUGACACGUCACCCCAAACACUGUCAAGUACUAUUGGAUGAAGUGGAUAAAUUCUGUGAGUGGACGGAUGGAUUGAGGACAAAACCAAGUAAAUGUCACUGUUUGUGUCUUGGUAGGCGGAAUACAAGAUACACCUCAUACGAUCCGGGACUAUCGAUAGGCGGUCAAUGCGUUUCUACGGUUACGGAAGAUGCACCAUUCAAGUUUCUCGGUCGUAAGAUUGAUAAUAUAGGUCGUACUCCAUCUUUAGAAGGAAUAGUAGAUAGCUUUUUAAAUGAUCUUAACAAGGUAGAUAGCCAGCAGAUCAGUAACGUAAAAAAAGCAUGGAUCUACGAUAAUUACUUUACUUCACGUUUGAAUUGGCCUUUCCUCGUCUAUGAUUUUAGUAAAACCCUUUUAUCUAAAUUAGAUGCAGGCGUCAUAAAGAUGUUGAAGUUGUGGCUCGGGCUCGCGCUAACGGCUGAUUCAUCGGCUUUAUUCAGGGAUCGUAAUAGUUUUGGGAUGAAUCUAAAAAGACCAUCGGAGCUCUACAAACACCUAAGAGUUUCCAAGAGACAUAUCCUGGGAAAAUCCCAUGAUGACGUCGUUACAUCACUCCCAAAAGACAAUGAUGCCCCAGAGCUAGAGUCACGACUUCAAUUCCAUAAACAAUUUAUGAUCGGAGCGCAAAAUAACAGAGUAGGGUUAGGAUCAAGUAGGAAAGUCCAAGAUACGGAUAUAUUGAAGUCUUUUAUUCGGCAAGACGAGAACGAUAAAUACAAAAUCCAUGCAAUGAGUUUAGAAAUGCAGAACGAGUGGUUAGACAUAGGAGAUUUUUGCAUUCCACUAGCACUAAAAUGGCGCACUCUAAUUCAUGACUGGUCGCCAGCCUUGCUAAAAUUUUAUCUCAAUGCGUUCCAGAUGACUCUCCCAGAUCAGAGUAAUUUAGUAAGAUGGGGUAAAGGUACCGAAAAAACUUGCUAUAUCUGCGGAAAGGCAGUUGGAACUGCCAAGCAUUUGCUGGUGGGAUGUAAGGUUCUCCUGGACAGCGGUCAAUACUCGCGUCGUCACGAUAGGGUUUUAGAGAUCAUACGUGAAGCGGUUAGUCUUUCGGUAGCCAGAGCGCAAAGGGAAAUAACCACAAACGAGCGAUCAAUAGGUUUUGUGAGAGAGGGCACCAGGGCUAUAAAAUCAAACGUCAAGCCUUACUCUAUCCUUAAAGCGGCUUCGGAUUGGACUAUCAUGAUGGAUACGUAUGAGAAACAAUACAAAAUCCCCGAGGAUAUUUGUGCGUCGGCCUCCAGACCAGACAUAUUUCUAUAUUCGCGUAUUUUAAAGCGCGUUGUGAUGAUAGAGCUUACGGUGCCUUGGGAAACCAACAUCCCCAAAGACCAUGCCACCAAGGUCAAUAAGUAUUACGAGCUCACUAACGAACUAACUCGAAAUAGGUUCGUCGUUGAUUUGUACGCGGUAGAGGUGGGAGCGAGAGGUAUAACAGCUAAAUCUCUCUAUAACCUACUAAAAGACUUGGGCCUGUCCAGAACUAACAUUAAUUCAUUCUUAGAACGUACGUCGAAGGCAGCCCUAUUAAGGGGCCCCUUAAACCUACACCUGGGUCGCAAGUCCCAGGCACUGUUGAAGCUCCUCUCCCUGCAACGCAAUGGACCCGGCACCCGCACGGUGAAUCCAUUGAAUGCUAAGAGGUACAGCUGCUCUGUGGUGGAUAGCUCAAAAUACACGUGCGAUGAUGUGAAGAAGUUGAUGAAACAAAAUGAUGAGAGAAAUGUUAUCUGGUGUUCAUUAGUCCGAGAAGAUUCUGUUUACUUGCAAAAUCAACGAUCUAAAAGGUCGCCUGAUUCCCGUCCGGAAUUGGUUUACACUUUUAUUGAACAGGCUGUACAGCCGGGAGCACAAGUAGCUCUUAAAUGUUCAGCAGUUGGUGAACCACCACCGCGUUUCAGAUGGAUUUUGGAUGGCCUGCCUAUACCGGCACACCAUGGUGCCAUGGUUACGGAAGGUCGCGAAACAGGACAAUCAGGUUUGGGGUCCAGCAAUUACAUACUUUCAACACUUUCUCUGAACAGUGCGCGUGUGGAACACGGUGGAAGGUAUGAGUGUAGAGCAACCAAUACUCAUGGAUCAGUCGCUCAUGCUGCAAGACUUAAUGUUUAUGGUCCACCGUAUAUACGGUCAAUCAAUCCCGUAAAAGCAGUGGCUGGUUCAGACAUCACAAUUUGGUGCCCAUAUUAUGGAUUUCCGAUUGACUCAGUAAAAUGGGAGGGCGGUGCUGGCAAUGAUCCCAGAUACCACCAAUCAGAUGGGCAACUAACUAUCAGUAACGUCGAUCGUACUAGGGACAAAGGUGGCUGGAUCUGUUCUGUUCUGACUCCUGGCGGAGAACUUGCUAGAAGAGAGGUUCAAAUAAACGUAGUAUCUCCGCCAGUACUAUCUCCUAUAGUAUUUCCCCCUGGACUAAGAUCGGGAGAUCGAGCACAACUUACUUGUACAGUAACAUCAGGAGACAUGCCCGUGUAUUUUUCAUGGCUCAAAGACCAAAUGCCCAUCUCUAGCGUACUUCAGGUAGACGAGCGUGGAGCUGAGUUCUAUAGUAUGCUCCUUUUCAAAAGCCUGACCGCGGCUCACAGCGGAAUAUACACCUGCGUCGUUACUAAUACCGCUGGGAAAGCAAACAUGUCCGCUGAACUAGCUAUCAAAGUGCCCCCGUAUUGGCAACUGGAACCUUCUGAUACAUCAGUACUACUGAACGGCUCCCUCACGGUCAGCUGUGAAGCAAGAGGACAUCCUCCACCUCAUAUUUAUUGGACCAAAUUCACUGGCAGUACAGAAAGUGCAUUGGGCGGAGUGUCGGAUCCCGUAGUACUUGGCAACGGUUCUUUGCGACUGGACUCGGCGCGUGCAGAACAUUCUGGGAAGUAUCGCUGUAAGGCUGAAAAUGGCGUGGCACCCGCCUUAUCAAAAACCCUAACGAUACACGUUAAUGAACCAGCUAGAUUCGAAACUCCGUCAGUGAAUGUGACUGCUAAGCUUGGUGAGACGGUGAGACUGGUGUGUGUGGCGAGAGGUGAUAAUCCACUCUCCAUGGCGUGGAGUCAUUCUGGAAGGACCUUACCAAAUUCUGAUUACAGGAUGAGUAUAUCAGAAACCAGAAGCGUUGAAGGUCUUCGCAGUGAAUUGGUCAUUGAACGCGCCGAUAGACGGGAUUCUGGAGUAUACCGUUGUCAGGCUACCAACCCAUAUGGACGUUCUGACCAUUUCGUGCAUUUAGGAGUACAAGAGCCACCGGAACCGCCUGCCAAUUUCCGAGUGGUAGACGCAACGUCUCGCACCAUUCGACUACAAUGGCGUCGUCCUUUUGACGGAAAUUCCCCUGUUUUGGGAUACGUCGUUCAAUACAGGAGACACGACUCUACCAAUCCUGACAUGAACCCGUGGAGAGAUGCUGACACUCACAAUGUGUCGGUAUCAGCUCGAAAUGCCGAUUCCUAUUCCGAAAACGAAGAGGCCACAAUUACGGGACUCGAACCAGCGACAGCAUAUUUAGUUCGCGCCCGAACAGUGACAGCACAAUUUUCGUCAGCACAAACGCGAGCCCUUCUUGCUCUAACGCUGCACGAGCCUCCAGCUCGGCCACCACUUGCUCUAAGAGCAUCUGCUCCACGACCAAGUACUAUUGAACUAGCUUGGCAGGCUCCACCCGCAUCUUCGUGGAACGGCGAACUUCUUGGAUACACAGUAUGGUGGUGGCUAUCUGCGGAUGGUACCUUAUCUGGAGGUGCAAGUGUUGGUAUGGAGUUCGCUACUGUUAGAGGACACGUCACUAAGUAUACUAUUGCUGGUCUCGAACAUUAUACACGGUAUUCAGUAAGCGUAAGGGCUUUUAAUAGCGCGGGUGCGGGUCCCGCGACACCGCCUGUCAACACACUGACCCAAGAAAGUGUGCCAUCUGAAGGGCCUCGUGCUGUGCGAUGUAGAGCUGUAUCACCUCAGAGCCUCAAGGUAGAGUGGUCACCUCCACCAGCCCACGCUCAUCAUGGUGCUCUCCUGGGAUACAAGUUAUUAUACCGCCCGGAACACACGACGGGUUGGGUGGAGUGGGAGGCGCGGACUGGAGCUGGUGGAGCUCCAGAAACAGGAGCAGAAGUAAAGAGAGUGGCGGGAGUUGAAACACUGCUGUUAGCAUUGAGACCACACAUGAAUUAUACCUUACAAGUGUUAGCGUAUACAGCUUCAGGGGAUGGCGUGCCCGCGCAUCCUGUGCAUUGUACCACACAACAAGAUGCACCAGGGCCACCAGCUGCUGUUAAAGUUAUUGCUACAUCAGUAACGUCCUUGGCAGUUAGUUGGUUACCGCCAAGUCGUCCUAAUGGUCCAAUUCUUUAUUAUACAGUUUUUUAUCGCGAACUUGGCAGAGAUAGACCUCCGCAAACUACUACGGUGCAGGCUGAAGAAGGUGAAAUGUCGGUUGGUUUAGGAGGUUAUGCAGAGAUACGUUCGUUGUCUGAAACAGCGACUUACGAAGCUUGGGUCGCGGCACAUUCUGCUGCUGGGGAGGGAGAACAGUCAGCGCCCCAACCUGCAACAACCACGUCUAGAGCAGCAGUCAGGUUACUAUCCUUCGGAGUAUGGGCUCGGGUACAAUGUGGACAUCCACUCCGACUAGCUUGCGCAUGGCGCGGGGAACCGGCACCACGAGCUCGUUGGCUCAGAGGAGACCGACCAGUCACUCAUGACCCAAGAACACACUUAACCCCCCAUGGGCAUUUGGCCAUCCAUGAAGUUGACUCAUCGACUAUUGGUAACUACACUUGCUCUGCUCGUAACGCGUUCAGUUCUGAGGAGGAGACAUACCGCGUUGAAUGUGCAUCACCACCAGCUGCACCUACCCUCACAUUAGAAAAAGUUGAUCAUACACUUGCUAAGUUAUCAUGGCGGACUACUCAUCAUCCUUCGGCACCACCGCAUGGGUUCACUAUAUAUUGGAUGCGUAUACGAGAUGAGUCUGGUGAGGGCUCUGAAGCCACCAGCUCACGGGGUGAAGAUGAACGUAGAAUUGAAGCCGGAGGUGAAGCAUCAAGCGUUGUUUUGAGGUCUUUAUCGUGUGGUGGCAUGUAUUCUGUGAAAGCAGUGGCACACUCUAGGGCAGGGUCUUCGUCGCCUUCACCACCACUGUUAGUUCGAACGAAACCACCAGUGCUAGUAUGGGAAGGUGGGGGGGAUACCAAUCAAGAUGAAGGCGCAGAGGCUGCUGUAUGGAGCAAUAGCUCUGCUCUCGCAUUAGAUGCACGUAGAGCUGUCAGUUGCGGAGCUAGACUCGUGAGACUACAAUGGCGCAGGGCUGAUACAAGUAGAGCAUGGAGAGAUGCUGAUUUAACAUCCUUACAUCAUCACAGAGAAGUAGUCAUCGGUGGACUAACUGUUGGUAUGUGGUAUGCAUUGAAGCUAUGGACAGCUACAGAUUCUGGAAGACAGCAAACUGUGAUUUAUGCUGCAACUACUACUCAUUCAGGAGAACGACUUCGCCGGCCAGCCUCAUUUCUUUCAUCCGGGCCGCCGGUCACACCGCACACAACAGCCGACAACUCAGAACGUGUGCUCGGCGCGGUGUCACUCGCAUUUGCUGCACUUGCCGCACUAGCUGUUUCAGCGUUACUAAUCGUUUUGAUGGCGAAAAGAAGCACGCUUCUAUCGUGUGGGGGCCAAGUUGAUGAAGAGGCUCGUCGCUGCAGUCAUACCAGUGGAGAUAAGACCGCAUGUCCCGAACAGCAGAACAUGAGGAACUGUCAACAUGACUACAAACAUGACAAACUCUCACCUGCCUCCGGUGAGAACUUAUAUGUAUACGAGAUCAGUCCGUACGCCACGUUUGCCGUGGGUGGUGAAACAGCCGCUACUCUGGAUCACACUCUACAGUUUCGCACCUUCGGGCACAGGGAAAACGACGCUCCUCCUCACAGGCCCUGCAGGAAACAUCCACAAAGACAUAGAGAGAGAACCGAUGCAUCAGUUGAGAAGCACCACUCGGAGUGUGAGUUGCAGCACUUGCGUUACGAGAAGGUACGACCCAGACACUGUCCGGGUACUUCAUACUGUAUGCCGCUUCAACACCACGGAGGAGGUGGAAGUACGGGAGGUGGUGGAAGUGUCGGAGGCUUUUCUGAGGUAUACGCUGGAGAUUCCAGCGUGGAGUCAGGCCCUGGAUCUCUCUCGCCACGAACCCAUCAUGAGCACAGCUAG